AUGGCCUACCGCCACAACAAGGACGAAGAUGUCGUCGCCGGCGAUGACCCUUCUGCGUACAACAACUAUGACUCUACGCGCCUCAACGAUGCAUCCGAAUCCGACUCCAUGGACCCGGAUACUGGCGUCAAGCGCGGCUUGAAGAAUCGGCAUCUGUCCAUGAUGGCUCUGGCUGGUAUUAUCGGACCUGGACUUCUUGUUGGCGCAGGUGGCGCAUUGAACGUUGGAGGACCAGCUGCCUUGCUAAUUGGAUUUGGCGUUGUUGGUAUCAUCGCCUUCUGUAUUAUGCAGUCUCUUGGUGAAGUGACCACAUUGUAUCCCGGUGGGGGUUCCUUUAUCUCUCUCGCUGAGCGUAUGGUAGACAAGUCCUUUUCUGUCGCUGUAGGCUGGAAUUACUUUGUUAUCUGGGCUGCGGUCCUCGCCAAUGAGUACAAUGUUAUCUGCAGUAUUCUCACUUACUGGGGACCUCAAGUCCCUCUCUGGGGUUACUUCCUUAUCUUCUGGACUGUAUUCAUGGGAUUCCAACUGCUCGGUGUUGAAGCCUUUGGUGAGGCUGAAUUCUGGCUUGCGCUUAUGAAGCUACUUGGCUUGACAGCAUACUUCAUCUUCGCCAUCAUCUAUGCAGCGGGCGGCUUGGUAGGCCAGGACGAGCCUUUGGGUUUCAGAUACUGGAGUGAUCCUGGAGCCUUCAACGGGAAUGGCUUCCGCGGCGUUGCUUCAGUCUUUGUGUUCUGCGCCACGUUCUACUCUGGUGUUGAGUCUAUUGCUGUAGCUGCGACUGAGACCAGAAACCCUGGUGUAGCUGUUCCUCAGGCCAUUCGACAGGUCUUUUGGCGUAUCAUCUUUGUCUACAUGGGAUCCGCUCUCUUCUUUGGCAUUACUUGUCCUGCUAAUGCGAGUGGACUGGUAAAUGGAGGUUCCAAGGCUCUCCAAAGCCCUAUGACUAUUGCCCUUGAGAUUGCUGGUUGGCAAGGAGGUGUCCACCUUAUCAACGCCUUCAUUCUUCUGACUUGCUUGUCCGCCAUCAACUCAUCCAUUUACUUCGGCUCACGUACUGUUUUCUACAUGGCUCAGUCUGGCAAAGCCCCCAAAGUAUUUGCUUGGACUAACAAACGUGGUGUUCCUGUCUGGGCUAUUCUGAUUACCAAUGCUGUCGGCGCCAUCUCUAUGAUGAAUGUCUCCACUGGUGCAUCCAAAGCCUAUAGCUACAUCGUCAACCUGUCUGGUGUUAGUGCUUUCCUUGUUUGGGGCAGCAUCUGCUUCAUCCAUAUUCGCUUCCGUCGAGCCUGGGUUGCCCAGGGACGAAGCCUCAACGACCUCCCCUACAAGGCAUUGGGCUUUCCUUAUCUUGCUUGGUUUGGUCUGGCGGCUUGCAUCUUCCUGGCCUUGGUACAAGGCUGGACUACGUUGUCUCCGUUCAAUGCUGGUAACUUUGUGGAUGCUUAUAUCCUGGUACCCUUGUUCGGUAUCAUCUAUGUCUUCUGCAAGAUCUUGUGGCGCGGAAGUGAUCCGCUGAAGCGAAGCUGGAGCAUCGAUCUUGAUAGUGGAAGAAGGACAGAUUUGGAUUACAACAGUGGCCCAACAUCGAAAGAAGUGCCAGGUCAGAUGGCUUGGUGGAGGAGGGUAUGGGCUUGGUUUUAA